AUGAGCUUUGCUUUCAGCCGGACCAAGCGCUGCCCUGAGUGCUACGUCUGCUCGGCAUCAGGGGCCUUCUUGAAAACGUCGAAGGUGCCGCGCAAUUGCUCACACGCUCUCGCUCUGGUACGACGCAGUCACAUCGGAUGCUUCUUCCGGCCUCACCGCAUUCAGGCCGCUGUGCCUUCGGACGCUCCGAAGCAUAGUUUCACGUGA